AUGCACUGCCUUUCUUCUGCAUCGCUCUGGUCUCUUCUUCCGAACUGGAUACAAUCCCUCUGGAUAUCACAAGGAGAGCAAAGUAGAGAACGCCUAGAUCAAACUGUCCCCAAUGUUUCCAGUCCGGAUACGGGAACGGAACCAGCGGUAUAUGCGCUUCUAUAUACCGAGGUUGCAUAUAACGUCACAAAGCCUCUACCAGCAUGCAUUCCAAAUCAAACAGAGAGAGCGGCAUGGUCACGGACUCCACUUCCAAACCGACCCCAAUCCAUCUACAUGAAACCCGACGACAAAAUGGAUUGUGAAAUUAUUGAGCUUCCCGACGUUGUAUUUGUCGAAGGCAAGGUUUAUUUGCGCGAAAGAGGAACAUAG